AUGAUGGAUAUAGAGUGGACUAUUGAGAAAAUCGUGAGAUGUAUGAAAGAAAUCGUGCACGAAGAGGUUAGUUGUACCGCAAGCUUCCGCGUAAGCGGCACUCAAUACCGUGGAAACAUAUUUUGGCAAUCCGCCGCUAACGCGGAAGCUUGCGGUCUACACUCGCGGCUUUCGAAAACUUUGGCAGAAAUGUUCAUCUUCCAGAUGUUUCCUGAUAUAAAAAUCGACGAUUUCAAGGGAAGCGUCCUUGAUUUACAAAACUUCAUGGAUUAUUUAUACCAAGAAUGGCCGCAAAAAAUGCUCUACUAUGGACUUCCGCAACAAUUCGAGCAGAUUUUAAUGGAUCUUCGAAAAGUGCCCGAACUCCACAAAGAUCCAAAAAUAUCCUACGAGGACUUCAAAAAUCAAUUAAAUCUGGAUUUAGCGUUUGCGUAUUCGGAUGAGAAUCAAAGUAAUGUCACAUUCAUGUCAAAACAAGACAUGUGCCAAUCACUGCAGAAAUAUUUUGAGCAUCCGAUUUUAUUUGAUCGCACUACAAAUCUAUCUCCAAUGUUUUGUAGCGAAUAUGUACACAUGUUUGCCUAUGAGAAAUAUCAAAAAUUGGAAGGAACUUUUCAACUCGAAUCUCAGAGGGAAUAUUUGACUAUUUUAAUUGGAAAAGAACCAGUUGAAGGAAACGAUAAAGGAAUUUCUCGAGAAGAUUUCGAAGAUCUUCGAAAAUACUACACCAAAUCUGACACUUCAUUCAAUAUUCUAAUGAGCAUUUUCGAAAACUGGAAUAAAGUGAAACCGAUCGAAAAAAAUCAAGAAUGGUACAUGGAACAAUAUCAAAAUAUUCUUGGAACAAUCCAAAAAAUGCGCAAAUACGAAAGUCUCUUGAGUCCACGAACUUCUCUUGGAGAAUAUCCAAUAGUCCGUGUGUUUACCGAAAAUCAAUUCAAAUUUGUGUUAGCAAAAGAGGCGGAAAAUGCAUUGAUUAUAGCGACCAGGAAAAAGUAUCCGGAAAAAGAAUGCGCCCGAUUGCUCAAUUAUGAAAGUGAGGAUGAUAGAAAACUUGGAAUAUUGAAUGCCAUGAAAAUCGACGUGUUCUAUAGAACUAUUGAAAUUCUUGGAUUGACACCGAAAGAUUUGAAUGUAAGUUCAGUUUUUGAGCAAAAAAGUUGAUAUUUUAGGUUUUGAUGUUUACUUUAUCCUUAAGUGAUUUAGCGGCUUAUUUACAAAAUAUAGGCUAAAUCACUUAAGGAUAAGGUAAAGUCAUAAAAAUUGAUAGCAUUGUCUUAGGUCUAUCCCAUGAAUCUACUAUAUACUAAUUGGAAACUGCUUUUUAAGAGGUGCGUAUGUCCGGAGCCCGUUCUCAACUCCCACUGCAUGAAAAGUUUCGGUUAAAAAAUGAAAAAGAUUCCAAAUUUUGGCAGCAUGGUGGGGAGCUCUAUCAAGUUCAAAAAUAAUUCUAUGUAGUGCGCGGGGAAAGUUUUAACUGAAAAAACUCCUGAAAUUCAAUGUAUUUUUGAAAAUAAAAAUGUGUCGCCGACCGUAACUCAAUUUCUAGAAGACCGUUUUGAAUGAGACUUGGAACGAUAUGUUUCAAAUUCUUCGUAGAUGAUGCACGAUAUUUGAAAUAUUUCAAAAGUGCGCAAGUUGUCGCGUGUAAAAUCAAAACUUUUUUCAAGUAAAAAAGAAUGAUCACGUUUUUUAUCGGAAAAAAUGGCUAGGUCACGUCUCUUAUCUGAUCUUUCUAUUUCAUUCAUAGAGGGGGGACAUUUUUAAUCAUUUCUCGCUGUUACUCUAUUCCUAAUCGGUUUGAAAAAUAAAUAGAAAAAAAGUGAGUUAGAUUACUGUGGAUAAAUUCACAAUUUGUUCGAACUUUCAGAUAUUGAAUAAUGUCUUUUACAAGAAGAUGAACAAAUACUUUGAUGUGAAUUUUUGAUAGUGAGUUUUGAUGUGUCUGGGAGUAUCAAUUCAGUUAAGCUCAAACAAUUAUUGUCAAUCCGAAAUUUUGUGAGCCUUGGAAGAGAACAGAUAUGACCGAGAAAACUCUUCCAAUGAAAGUAAACAAAGGGCGGCAGAGUUUACUGACUGUUGGUUUUAUCUUCCACGGCUCCAAAAAUUUCGGAUGGAACAUAGAAGCUUACUCAGAAAAUAAGGCAGAGAACCAACAGAAUAAAUAACAUGUUAGAUAACUUUCGGACAACCAUUGGCUGUUGCAUUUCUCAGCUCUCUGAAUAUAGAUUUUUGGAACAGUUUCUCCAAAUGUUGUGGUUUAGUUUUUGAGACGUAGAAAAUUUGGAUUUGAAUAAGAAAAUAAGAUUGUACAAAAAAAAGGGUGUCACCGUAUUCACUGCCCCAAAUAGACUUCAAAUUUUUCGAUAAUUUUCCUCUAAAUCUGCGUGAAAUUUUUUUGGAUAGUAAAUUACUCUGUGACUUUUCGAUCAGAAUAAGGGUUUUGGAAAAAAUAGGGGUUUUCAGAAGCAAUAAGGAGUAUUGACGGAAAAGAGAGGUUUGGAAAACUAUAUAAUUAGAUGUUCAAUUUCUUACUUUUUCCUAAAUCCAAGCCUUCAGGUUCUGAACCCCAUCUUUUUCAUAACCCCUCUUUUCCCCCUUAAAAGUUCAGUUCAGAUCCAAAUGUUUUUCUAUCAAAUUUCUGUAUCGAAUCCGUAGAUUCUGUGUUUUUGCUUUCUGAACUUCAAAAUUAGAAAAAUCAGAUUUCAGGGAAACAUUUUUCCGCAACAGUUUUCAGAAUGAGCUAUGUCUGCAAAUUAUUUUUAUAGUUGAAAAAUACGGAGGAGAAAGUUAGUUCAAGUUUGCACGUCCCAGGAACCACCAUUCCACCUUUUUUCAAUGGGCACGGUUUUCAGGAAUCAAACCAUUUGAAAACUUUAUACCUAAGAAAAACUACGCGCGAAGCCGGGACAAUCCAGAAGGAGGAGCCGGCGUUAGCCGGCGGAGACCUUCUGGUAACAUCAAAACCCAAAAUAUCAACCCGAUUUAGUCGAUGUUCACCUAUAACCCUUCAGAUUGUCGUCGCUCCAAUUCAACCAAAAAUCCACGGCGGAUAUCUUCCAAUAAUUUCAACUUAUGGCAAACAUUGCAUGUUUUCCGAUGAUGCAUUCCGUGAAAUUAUGCAAUAUCUUAGCAAGAUUCUUAAAGUUUUUCAACGUUGCAAAAAAGAUCAAUUGCCAAAGAUCUACGAUUGGAUAAAUGUGAAUUUGACUCAUUUAUUUUCGGAAAAAAAAUAUCGAUAUCUUAUCGAAACUUGGAAAAUCAGAGAAAUAAUCAAUCAAGCUAGACAAGAUUUGUCGAUUUAUAUUACAAAUCAACCAUUUUACCAGGUUCCCGAUGCAGUUCAAUACACAAAAUCUGAAGUUUUGAACCAUGUUCGAAAACUGCUCGGAUCAAACAUUCAGUUCAAUGCCCAACUUUUCGAAACUUUCUACCAAAAUUUAGACGAGCCGGGAUGUCCAUUCGUUUAUCACGAUAUUUAUGAAAUAUAUCAUAAUUUUGUUGUUACGACAAUUAAUAAUCAAAAUAUGGCGUUUAUGCGAUUUAUUACAAGUCAACUUGCGAUUUUUGCGGAUAGCGAUGGACAAAGUGCAAUAAUUGUUCCAGAUGGAUCAUAUUUACAAGAACCUCAACCUUCAAUAUCUGCUCCAAAAGUGAAAAAAGACGAAGAAUUCUCAUGUUUCAAAAAGGGAUUUUUGAAAUCGAAACGAUUGGAAGUUGUAGAUAAUAAAAAUCCGGAUAAAAAGAAGAUAACUACAAAAGAUUUCGAUGCGGCAGCAAAUCAAAUUCUCGGAUUCAGUCCACAAACUCUCGCUUAUUUUUCAAAUGAAGAAUUUCGACCGAUUAGGGAGUUCAAAACUACAAUCGAGGAGCAUUUUCGAGAUUUUUUCAGUGUUAAAUUGUGGAAUAUUUUGAAGAGUAUUUUUGAGGAUGACGAAGAAAUGAGAAGAUUGAUGAGAUGUAUCGAUCAUUUGUAUGAGACAAAAGAGGAUCAGAAAUUGGGAUUGAUGUUCAAAAAAUUGAAAGUUUAUAAACUUGAUGAGAUGCAAAGAAUGUUGUUUCAAGAAAUUGAAGAGGAAGAGAUGAUUGAAGUGAAUAAUAUUCGAAAAAAUCAAAAACCGACAGAAAUCAAAACAGAAAAAUUGGAAGAUUUGGAGAAAAUACGAAAAGAAUUGGAAGAGUCUAAAAAUGAGAAAUCGAAAUUAUCCGAAAUAUUGAAAAGUUUGAGAAAAGAGCUUGAGAAUCAGAAAAGACGGUGAGUAAAUGAUAUUUUUAUGUUUUUGAGCAAGAAAUUGUGCAUUUUGAGAGCCAAGAUACCUCACACUUCAAAAAUAAUCCAAAAAUCACAAGUUUUAACCUGUAAUCAAUACAACCUGUAAUUAAUACUAAUUUUGAAUUUUGGGGUAUCUUGGCUCAGAAUUCACAAUUUCUUGCUCAAAAAAUGUCAUUUUUUCCAGGUUCCAAGAAGAUUUGAAAAAUUCUGAAAGCGCAAAAUUGUCGGCUGAAAAUGAACUGAAAAAGUGAGUUUUUUUUUUUGAAAAAAAAAUCUUUCAAUAAUCAAUUUUCAAACAGAUCUCAAGAGGAAAACGCAAAACUUGCUGAAAAUUUGAAAAAUUCUGAAAGCGCAAAAUUGGCAGCUGAAAAUGAACUGAAAAAGUGAGUUUUUUUUUGAAAAAAAAUCUUUCAAUAAUCAAUUUUCAAACAGAUCUCAAGAGGAAAAUGCAAAACUUGCUGAAAAUUUGAAAAAUUCGGAAAAUUCCAAAUUGGCAGUUGAAAAUGAAUUGAGAAGGUCUCAAGAGGAAAAUGGAAAACUUGCUGAAAAUUUGAAAAAUUCCAAAUUGGCGGUUGAAAAUGAAUUGAGAAGGUCUCGAGAAGAAAAUGCUCAACUUGCUGAGAAUUUGAGCAAAUCUGAAAUUGCACAAUCGACGGCUGAAAAUGAGCUGAAACGGUGAGAUUUUGAGCAUAGAAUUAUGCAUAGUUUCUGAAUAUUUUUGUAGACUUUCUGGAAGUUUGGAACAAACUAAAGAUGACUUAGCUAAAGUAACCCAAGAGUUUGAAAGAUUGAAAAACAACAAUGAAACAACUGGAAAUCUGGAAGAAUUCGAAAAAUGGUUUGAAGAAGGAUUGGAGAGACUGAAAUCGAUGAAAAGUGCUUCAAAAUCGCAAGAAAAAUUGAAAAACUUGGAACAAAUUCUGAGAACUGAUUAUGAUGAUAUAAUCGAUGGAAUCAGUGCGAAUUUGAACGAAAUUCUUCGACGAUCUCCAAAUUCAAGCGAAGCUCGAAAAUUGAAAAAACAAGUUGAUGAUUUUGAUGAGAAUUAUGAUGACUAUUUGAAGAAAAUUCGAAGGGAAGUUAGACGAAUUCGAGAAAAUCGGGGAGAAAAUGGAGAAAAAGAAGAAAAUAUCGACGAAUUUCCGAGUCAAGAAUUCAUGGAGAGAUAUCGCAAAUUGCUUGGAGAAUAUCGAUUGGAACUUUGA